AUGGCUAGAAAUUUUGAUGAUAUGUUUAAUGAGGCUUUGUAUGGUAAAAGAAGAUGGCGAGAUAAUACACUCAUGGAUAAUUGGAUCUAUGAGUGUUUAUUCGAUUAUUCAGAAGAAGAUAUCGAUAGAAGCUCUAUCCCAAAUCCUCGUAGAUGGAUCAACAAAGAUCGAGAAGCAGGACAUGAUCGCCUUUUUCAAGAUUACUUUGCAGAUGAGCCGAUAGGGUCGGUGAAACUGGAAAAAGAGGCCUGUCACCACUCCAAAAAUGAGAUACAGAUAUUAGCAUAUGGCGUAGCAGCUGAUGCUGUUGAUUAUUAUGUGCGCAUAGGCGAGAGAACUACAUUUAAAUUCUUGGAAAAAUUUGUUGAAGGUGUCAUUUCGGUGUUCGAGGAUGAAUACUUGCGAAAAUCAAAUUCAAAUGAUGUACGACACCUGCUACAAAUGGUGGAGGGUUGUGGCUUUCCUGGCAUGUUAGAUCAUUCACCAGUGUUCGUUGAUAUUCUAAAUGACCGUGCUCCGGAGGUAAAUUAUACUAUUAAUGGUAAUAAUUAUACUAUGGGAUACUAUUUAGCAUAUGGUAUUUAUUCUGAAUGGGCCACAUUUGUCAAAUCAAUCUCAAAGCCACAAGGGGAGAAACGCAAGUUAUUUGCACAAUAUUAA